AGCAAACAUUUUAGGUUCCCAGCAUAGCCUAAGGGCGUGCCUUAGCCUGGAGGUUCAUCAUGUGGAUGUUCUCCUGUCUGCUGCUGGGGCCAAUUUUGGCACAGGGGGAGGAUCCCUCAGUGGCCAAUGGCGAGCUGACGCCGCCAGACCUUCCAUUUCCUCCGAUGCCUUCGAAGGCGGUGGUUGGACCGACUCUGGCUGAUUCGGUGAAUAGUUGGCCUCCGAAGAGGAAACCGCUGAAGGAAGAUGCUCCCAACAUUUUGCUCAUCAUGAAUGACGAUGUGGGCUACGGUGCGCCUGAGACCUUUGGUGGCCCGAUCCACACUCCCACCCUGUCGAAGGUGGCGCAACAUGGCGUUUCCUACAACCGUUUCCACACCACGGCCAUUUGCUCUCCCACCCGUGCGUCCCUGCUGACUGGGCGGAACUCCCACAACGUCGGUGCUGGGCAGAUCACCGAGGCGGCGUCGGGCUUCCCUGGAUACACAGGCACGAUCCCGAAGUCAGCAGCCACCUUGGCCAAGGUGCUCUCUGGUUAUGGAUAUGAUACUGCAGCGUUUGGGAAGUGGCACAACACUCCCGUGGAUGACCUCAUGAAGUCAGGCCCUUUCGACCAGUACCCCACCGGUCUGGGCUUCAGCUACUUCUACGGCUUCCUUGCGGGGGAGACGUCGCAGUACAACCCUCGCUUGUAUGAGAACACCAACCCCAUCGAGCCACCACGAAAGCCAGAGGAAGGCUAUCAUUUGACCGAGGACAUGGCAGACCAAGCAAUCAAGUUGAUCCGCGCCAAUCGUGCAUUGACCCCGGACCGGCCCUUCUUCAUUUACUUCGCGCCGGGUGGCGCACACGGCCCGCAUCAUGUACACAAAGAGUGGGCGGACAAGUACAAGGGCAAGUUCGACAUGGGCUGGGAGAAGCUUCGAAACAUCACGUUUGAGAAGCAGAAGGCCAUGGGCUGGAUCCCGAACAGCACCAAGCUCACACCAAUUGAUCCAACUAUGGUAAAAUGGGAAGAGAUUCCGGAGGAGCAGCGGGCUUUCCAGCUUCGGCUUAUGGAGGUCUAUGCGGGCUAUUUGGAGCAUACGGACACUCAGGAUGGCAAAGUUGUCGAAGAGUUGGAGCGACAAGGCCUGUUCAACAACACGUUGAUCAUCUACGUCCUGGGCGACAACGGCGCUAGCGCCGAGGGGAUCCACGGGACCAUCGACGAGCUCCUGGCGGAGAACGCGCUUCCCAGCACCUACCAGCAGCAGAUGGAAGUGUUGAACCGAGAUUUUGGAGGGCUUGAUGCUCUGGGCUCCCAGCAUGUUGACAAGAUGUAUCACAGCUCCUGGGCUUGGGCUUUGGACACGCCCUUCAAGAGUACAAAGUUGGUGGCUGCCCACUUUGGUGGGAUGCGCACGCCCAUGGUGAUGUCCUGGCCAAAGGCGAAGAAGUGGAAGAAAGGGUCGACGGAAAAGGUUAUCAAGCACGAUCCAACUCCUCGUUCUCAAUUCCAUCAUGUUUGCGACAUCGCGCCCACCAUCUAUGAAGCUGUUGGCGUUCAGUUUCCCACGCGCGUGGAGGGUGCGAAACAGAUGCCUUUGGACGGUGUGUCCAUGGUCUACACCUGGAACAAUGUUUCAGUGAAAGAGAGGAAAUCCGCGCAGUACUUUGAGGUUAUGGGUAGUCGAGGAGUGUACAAGGAUGGUUGGUUCGCCAGCGUUUUCGGGCCUCGCAUUCCAUGGGCCGAAGCCAAUGAGACCCGCAUGAGGGAGUGGAAUCCGGACACUGAUGUUUGGGAGCUCUAUGACCUUACAAGGGACUUCUCGCAAGCCGAGGACCUAGCCAAGGAGAUGCCUGAUCAAGUGGCCAAGAUGAAGCAGAUCUUCCUCAUGGAGGCAACUGCCAACAAGGUGCUGCCAAUUGGAGCAGGCCUCUACACCAUUUAUUACCAUCCUGAAGAAGGACCUCACUCACCAUUGACUGAGUGGAAACUUUAUGAAGGGCUCACGCGCCGCUAGCUUGCUCUUGUUAGAAACGUGCCCCUUGCCAGUCGAAGUUGUAGAAACUGAAGCAAAGAACUUGUAUCGAAGCCAAGGUAUUGCUGAGUCAAAUGCUCCUGGAUUUCAUAGCGGACAGAACUCCCUCGCCACCAUUGAUGUGGAGAUUUCAGCCAACGCGAGUGGAGUUCUCUAUUGCGUGGGUGGUACAGCUGGAGGCUUUUCAGUUUACAUGGACAAUGGCUAUUUGUAUGCUGAGUACAUGUCGACCCUAUUGCAGCUUAGUCUUUACCAUAAACUUCACGGAUCUUCACGGUAGUAUUUGUAAUGUAUAUACGAGUGUUGCAGCUCACUUCCAAUUGUUGCAGCUCACUUCCAAUUGUUGCAGUUAUAAGCUGCUUGUUAAAGCACCCCGAUGGGUUAUUUGCAAAAUCUCGUUCUUGGUGUUGCAGUUGUUGCAAGCUCGACACGCUUGAAGCAGAAGAGCGCCUUCUUCCAGAGAUUGCGGAACCGAUUGAAGCUUGCAAGUGUGAUCCGCCAUUUCUUUUCGUGGUAUCAAGAUGUCGGAGCCUAGCCAUUAGAUUCGCGGUAUCUUGUGUUCGAAUCGCUGUAGUCUGCUCGCGGUGGAACGAGGUACCGCUACAUCGCCAAAUCCACGACUCCCCUGCAGCCUGGAACCCGAAAGAUCCAGGUGAGGUUGAUCUUCGAAACGACCAAGGGCUUGGGCCCACCAGCGGAUUUGACCCUCUUCGUGGACGGACAGCAGGUUGGAUGGGUCAAGGCACGGAGAGCGAACGGGAUUUGGGUGCGCGGGCGCAAGGCGUCCAGAGUUCAGAGUGAUGAGCGUUUGAGAGCAGCUGGAGAAGGGGACUUGAUGCUUGCUUUGAAAAGACAUGGAGUAUUUGCAACUUGGCCGGCGAUUGAACUAAUGCCUUCAACAUCCUUUCGCUGGACCCUUUGUCAAAAUCCUGCUGAACCGUAGGUCUAGCAUCCACUUUCCUGCCAAAAUCUGAGACACACUACUGUACACUGUACACUGUACACAUGACAAGCGGUAAAAUCAUCACCUUUCUGGAUCAAAAUCAUGCUUUGAGGUUGAGAAAUCCAUCCGCUUGGUCUUUGAUGCCUCUGAGACCUUUGACGUCGGGAUGGACCUUGGAUCGCCGGUGUCUUUGUUGUACCAAAACCGAACACCCUUUAAAUUCAACGGUAAGAUCAACCUUUUGCAUGUGAAGUACAUCAAUGGUACUUCAAUGCACACGUGGUGGUGUAGACUAAUUCGGCCUACCAUUUCUUUGGGCCAACUUUUGAAGCUUGACAGAGCCUUGCUCGGUCCUUAUGUUUUGCCCUUCUUUCUUGUACAAAGUAGGAGGACAUCCUUCAUACGUCUCUAGCUCUUUUGAAGGAGAUGUAUUUGCGAAUUUUGAUGGGCCGUCAUUGAAUCCAUUUGUUUAAAUAAACAAAAUAAAUCACGUAAAAAAGUAAUCCAUAACCCAAUGGAUUAGCAAAGAUUUAAAAGACAUGGGGGAAAUGUAGUAUUUCCUUUGUUAGUUGAAGUCAUGUGGGUUUGUAUAAGUUUGCGG